UGCCACCUGUCAGUGUCCAUCAGUGCCUUAUGUUAGUGCCUCGUGCCAGUGCCCAUCAGUGCCACAUCAGUGCCACAUAUCACUGCCUUUCAGUGUCACCCAUCAGUGCUAGUCAGUGCCAUCUAUCAAUGCCAAUCAGUGCCACCUAUCAGUGCUGCCAAUCAGUGCCACCUAUCAGUGCCAAUCAGCACCGCCUAUCAGUGUCAGUCAGUGCUGCCUAUCAGUGUGCAUCAGUGCCUGUCAGUGCUGCCUAACAGUGCCAGUCAGUGCUGCCUAACAGUGCCAGUCAGUGCCGCCUAA